AUGGAGCACGAUGCAGGGAAGAGACAACGUGGGAAUAGCAUCACGACUACCCCCGAAAGACCUGCGAAUACCGACGGCAGAGCUAUAACCGAGGCUCAGGUAACAGAGAGAGCGCAAGAGUCUAGGGAGAUUAACAACGACGACCCUCAGGGAUAUGAUUUACAGUCGUCCAGUACAUUUACGGCUAAUAGUAGCUCACCACCCACGAACCCGGCCCCCAGAUAUCCGUUUGAACGAUCAACAACUUCCUCUAGUCAAGAAGGGUCCGGUACGUCAAAGAGAAGCCCACAACCUGUGGCUAAGCCGGCGUUGGAGCCCCCUGUCACCAAAUCAACCUUGAGUGAACUCGAUGUGAACAAGAUAGUACACAAUCCUAAACUUCGACAUGACAUCAACUUUGAUCCGGAUUUGCAUUUUAGACCUAAUCUCGAUGGAGAAAAGGGGCGAAAGAAGGCUCAGAAAGCUAAUGAUUUUUGGGACACGAUGCGAACGCAACUCCAAGGGUACUUGACUGACCGUGAGCAAUUCGAGAGAGACUUGGUGGUUGCGGAAUGGUGCUUGCCAGCAACGCUUAAAGCCAUCAGAGGGAUCUUGGAGACAUUAGUCCCACAGCGAGAUCGGUCAUCGGUCGAGGAGACCUUCAACGUUGAUCUCUUAAUGCAGCAAUUUCGAAAAGGUGUUGCUGACCUGGGUAAACUUGCAUUAUGGCUAUCGCAACUUCUGAAGUGUCAUUGCGCGCCGAUGAGAGACGCGUGGGUGGAUGAAAUGGUAAUUCAGUUGAGUGAGGGUGACAAAAGCUGGGACGUGGGAAUGUUAGUCUCCGGAAUGCGAAGUCUGCUGGGUGUCUUGGAAGCUAUGAAACUCGAUGUUGCAAACCACCAAAUCAGGUGUCUGCGCCCGUUGCUUAUCGACGAUACCGUUCAAUUUGAGCAAAAGUUCUUUGUAAGGAAAAUUGCAAUGGGUCGAGUAGACAUCGCGUCAGCGCAUGAUUGGUUUAGGAAAGCAGCGAAUUUACCAGAUAGUCUUCCACUGGACGCAUCAACACGAACUCAAGGAAACACGUGGGAUUUCAUGAAGGCACUUGUGAAUCUAACACUACCAUCCAAAGCCAUAGAACCCGUUCCUCAUACCUUCCUCUUCGAUGAGGAGCGCCUCGUCAAACUUCGCGCGGAUAUGCUGGAUCUCAUCAACCUCGAGAUUUGCAUGUUCUUGUAUCAAAAACUUGAAGCGACAUCUAGGAUAAACGAGGCUAGAUCAGUGCCGCAUGAUGAUACACCUGCUGCUUCUUCUUAUAUAACUUCUCCCGCAGAUGAAGGUAUUCUCUCGGCGCCGACAGUACCUUCAGAGAAUGACUUCACCGCCAAGCGAAAGUACAAUCACUUAGCUCAAGAAAGAGGUCACUUCUCAAUUGAACUUUCGGGUCGACAAGUAUGGGUACCAAAUUUAGAAGACGAAGCUAUGAAUUCCAUAUCGUCUAGCCCACGUUCGUCACCAUCAACGACCGCAUCGACCCCCGAGACCUAUCCCGUAACACCACUUUAUUUGUCUCUUCAAAACUCGGAUUCUACAUCGCAAGUACGCACAUCUCUUCAAGCGCUGCUAGCUUCUUCGUCCUCGCAAGAUAGGUGGACCGCAUUAUCGUCGAAUAUUGCCUUGCAGAUUCUUCGCUCAACACCAACCCCUAUGGCACGCCUUCUAGUGUUCGAAACUCUUCUCUCGUACCACCUUAGUAACCCUCGAUCCAAUCUUUACCAAGACGCGGAAGCACGCGUACUUUCGAAGCUUUUCCCCGAAUUACAAAAGCUUGUCGAGUCAUAUACUCCCUUGACGAGUCUCCAAAUCUUUGAUGCGGCCACGUCGCCAAAAUCUACAAACGGAGUCAUGCACGGGAAUGCACCAGCAACUGGACAAAAAGAGGAAGUUACGGAGGUUGCCACCAGGAUUGCCCAUAUUGGUAUUUUACAUUGGAGGGUUUGGGCCCCAUUGGCAUAUCUUGUUAAUCCAGAUGCCGAGGAGGAAGGUGAUAUCAACAUGAUGCAAGAUCCAGAUCUACCAGUUGAUGAGUCAUGA